AUAAGUUUUAACCGCUCUCGUUUUCCCGCCAUGCCUACUUUUUUGUUGUUGUUAGACUUUAACAGAUUAACUGCUUUAUCCAGAAUUCCAGAGAGCCAAUGAUGUAAACAAGGACUAUGCUCUAAUAAUACUCUGCUAAUACUCAGUAAGAAGCUUAAGAUGAUGCUAGUUUGGUUCUAUUUGCCUUCGUUUGCCAUUGUGUGCACAGAACUUAAAACGUUUACUUGCUCAUCUAGAUGAAUUUUCCGGCGGCUGAUUGUUGUUCAGUAUCUAUGCAAGGCCAAAGUGAAAUGGCGCACACUACUUCUAGGCAGCCAUUACUCGGCCAUAUGGACGAGACAUUGUGUGAGCAAGCAGUCAAUCAAAUGCAAAUGCGUGUUUUUGACAAGUUAAAUGCUUUGGAAAAGGUUUUGAAUCUCACUGAAUUUGCCGUCCUUUGUUCUGACAUUAUUGAAAACAUAAAUGAUUCAAGGAUUAUUUCUAGAAAUGUUGAUCAUAAUGCACCUUCUGUAUCUUCUUCGUAUUUUCCAUCUCAAUCCACAAUACAAAUUCAUGAUAUUUUUGUAGAUGCAUCAUUAAUUAGAAAUGUGGAAAAUACUCAAUUCCAGCCAGUGUAUUCCCAAAACACUUUCAGACAUCCCAGUAAUAUCCAAAUUCAGAAUGGAAAGUACAACAGACAUGUUAACAAUAAUAAUGAGCCACAAAAGCUACAAGGGUCCAUUUACCAUGGAAGUACAGCAAAUUCAGUCACCUUCAAUCGCUCGAACAGAGGUAAUAAACAAAUAAAAGCAGCCACAAAUUUGUCAUCUGUACCAGAAGAAAAUGAUGAAAAUUGUGUGAAGAUUGGACCACCGGAUAAUAGCAUACUAACUCCCUCAGAGGAGUUGAUGUCACAUUCUUUUGAGUCUUCUGAGCCAGAAGAAUCUGUUGAAGUGAUUAAAGUGAAUAAAACUUCUUCCUCAAUUACACAAGCAUUGGCGAAAACUAAUUUAAAAGUUGAUUUUAUUAUUAGUAAUUGGACUUUAGAACUCAUUAAUACUACAUUGAGAGUAAAGGGAGAUAAAUACUCAGUGGAUGGAAAAUUGGUGGAGGAGAACUUUCAAACUUCUGCUAUAAAAGCAGCCAGGAGGGUGAAACCACUAACAGUUAUUAAAACCAACAAAGAAACCUUUUGUUUAGAAGGAUUGCUGAUGGAUCCUCAAAACACUAUUCCAAAACCAGUCAAAAGCAUGUGUAAGAACACAUUCCCAAUCUUCUGGAAAAAAGCUGCAACUUUGUGGAUUUCCUGCAAUUCACAGUCUAAGAAGGUGGAUUCACCAUUAACUGUAAAGGUUCCCAAUCAGAAAAGAAAAACAAAAUCUAAAGACCAACUGCAAAAAGAAAGAGAAGAUAACCGAAGGUGUCUUCUUGAUCAGUUGAUGUCCAAUGAGGACUCUUCGAGAAAUGGAAUGACCCCCAGCUCUCUUUUAAACUCGGUGAAAAAAAAAAAUAUCCAAAAAGGCCAGUACACACCUCCGACAAAGAUCAUCAAAGAGGUGAUAGAUGUCUGUAAAGUUACGAGUGAACAGAAAUCAGCAGUGAAAGAGCCAAUCGAAAAGGACAGAAAAAAGCACAAUAUUGUUGUUGAGAGGAUGGCAAAAAAUCUCAACGCUAAAAAAAGAAUUGUAAAAUCUGUUGAGAAACCUGUUUCAACGGCAACUGCAGCCGUCAUGGAAAUCCCUGUAAGAAAUGAAGAUAAAGAUGACAGUUCCUGUUUCUCUAAUAUUAGUUCAAUAGAAUCAGAAAGUUGAACAGAUAUAAUUUAAAACUUAAUAAUUUAUUUUUAGAAAUACAAAAAAAAAAUGUUGCUUGCUAAAUGCAGUUUUAUUCAUAUAAUUGUAACUGCGGCUUUUUUAAUUCCAUUAAAAGUUGGAUGUAAAAAAAAAAUUUAGUCUAUGUGAUAUUUAUAAUAAAAAUAAGUGAAUUGUUAUUUUAAUUUUGUUAUUGUUAAAAAGAAUUGUAAAACCCGUUAAGAAACCUGUUUCAACCGCAAGUCCAGUCAUCACGGAAAUCCCAAUAAGAAAUGAAGAUAAAGAUGACAGUUCCUUUUUUUCUAAUCUUAGUUCAAUAGAAUCAGAAAGUUGAACAGAUGUAAUUUAAAACAAUAAUUUAUUUUUAGAAAUACAAAAAAAACUGUUGCUUGCUAAAUGCAGUUUUAUUCAUGUAACUGUGGCUUUUUUCAUUUUAUUAAAAAUUGGAUGUAAAAAAAAUUUAGUCUAUGUAAUA